GGGAUUGAACCCGGGUCAUCAGAACUGUGAGGCUGACGCUCUAACCAGUCGGAAUGCGAGGCUUUUUUAAUGCAUCUCAAGAUUCAAUAACAUUAACCUUGCUGGUUGCAUUCCUUCACCGAAGAGCAUUGACGCCCGUAUUAUUGGGGAGCUUUUAUUUUGAAAGUGGCUUUCGCCGCCAGUUGGCGAUUUAUUACAGUAAUGCCGAAUAUUAUCAAAAUUAGGGGCGGCUGGCAUACUGCAGUCCUUAAAAAUAUGACAACCAUUGGAGGGUUGUCAUGUAAGCACAGACCACUUCCCAAUGAGCAAUAAACUACACGAAUCAAGCGUCACGGGGAAUGUGUCGGUCACGUGACCUUUGCCGUGCUCGUUCCACUCCAACCAACAGCCGCCGCAGAAGCUGGACAACUGUCGUCAACUUGAGGCUCAUCUGGUGUUUCUAAAAUAAACACGGGUGGCGGGGGACUCUAAAGGGUGGCUAAACACAAGCAGCAACCCCCACCAUGGCGUCUCCGCUCAAAGUGUGCAUCGUCGGAUCCGGAAACUGGGGCUCAGCCAUCGCCAGGAUCAUUGGAAAUAAUGCCAGGUCAUUGCAGCAUUUUGCGACCACCGUGAAGAUGUGGGUGUUUGAAGAAAAUAUUAAUGGUCGAAAGCUCACUGACAUUAUCAACACUGAGCAUGAGAAUGUCAAGUACCUGCCGGGAUACAAACUGCCUGAUAAUGUGGUUGCUGUUCCUCAGCUCCGUGAUGCUGCAGAGGGAGCAGACCUUCUGGUGUUUGUGGUGCCCCACCAGUUCAUCAGGAAACUGUGUGACGAGAUGGUGGGCUGUGUUCCAGCCAAAGCUCGGGGAAUCACACUAAUUAAGGGGAUAGAUGAAGGUCCUGAGGGCCUCAAGCUGAUCUCUGACAUCAUUAGAGAGAAGAUGGGCAUUGAUGUCAGUGUUCUCAUGGGUGCAAACAUUGCCAAUGAAGUUGCAGCUGAGAAGUUCUGUGAAACCACGAUUGGCAGUAAAAUUCUGGAGAAUGGUCUACUAUUCAAGGAGCUCCUGCAGACACCCAACUUUCGGAUCACAGUGGUGGAUGAUGCAGAUACCGUGGAGUUGUGUGGAGCUCUGAAGAACAUUGUGGCAGUGGGUGCAGGUUUCUGCGAUGGGAUGCGUUGUGGUGACAACACAAAGGCGGCUGUGAUACGUCUGGGCCUGAUGGAAAUGAUAGCUUUCGCCAAACUCUUCUCUAAGGAUGACACCGUUUCCACAGCAACCUUCCUCGAGAGCUGUGGUGUAGGUGACCUUAUCACGACCUGCUACGGUGGCCGAAAUCGACGGGUGGCGGAGGCCUUUGCCACCUCGGGGAAGAGCAUUGAGGAGCUGGAGAAGGAGAUGUUGAAUGGUCAGAAGCUCCAGGGUCCUGCUACCUCAGCUGAGGUUUACAACAUACUCAAGCAGAAGGGUCUGGUGGACAAGUUUCCUCUUUUUUCAGCAGUCUAUCAUAUUUGUUUUGAGGGGAAACCAGUGCAGGAGAUUAUCUCUUGUCUGCAGAGCCACCCAGAGCACAUGUGACACGGGAUGGACAAGUCAGGACAUUUUCCUGCUAAUCAUUUCUUUCUUGAGCAUGAUAAAAAACACUGACCUUUUUAUGUUAUGCUACAGGGCAAGUAACGUGAAUCACUGUGGUCAAAAUGGCCACUCUAUUGGCGGGCUUUGUAAAUGGAUCAAAUCGUGUAUAUUCCAGUGUACCUACCCAAGCUAUAUUAAGUUUACAAAGAAGUGUACACAUAGACUAAAGGCAGUAACAGAGCGAGAGGAUAGCAUGACCACGUUUACUAAACUUGACCAACAAAUCACCAAAUGACUCCUACAGAUGUGGUUUGCUUUUUAGUUUUUUUUUUUUUAAAACAUUGACUUCUUUUUAUAAUAAACAUUUUCUACACAUUUUAUUACAGAAUAAUUUGUGCAUUUAUAAGGGAUAUCAGGAAGAAUUAACAAAACAACAACAAUACAAAUGUCUUUGUCAGUUUGUUGCAGUAAGAUUCAUGUUAUUGUUGCUGCAAGAUGUGUGAGCAUUCAUUGCGCUAUACUAACCCACUUUUGCUUAGACCCUUGAGGUUUUUAUUUAUUUUAUUUUUUUUCCAGGACAAUUUGUCAGCAUUAUCACAUAUCACUUCCAGUACAAUCCCCAAAUUCUCAGGUCUGGAUUAAAGCUGUUAAAAAAAAUAAAAAAUAAAUCACUCUUUGAUUCAUUGACUGAAUGAAACGUUUCAAGCUUGUUUUGCAAGAAGGCAUUCUCACCUUAAAGCUGUCACAAUAAUUUGCACUCACUCCCAAAUUUAGGUUUAAAGCUUGUUUGACAGAAUUGUGAGUCAGUAACAGUGGUGGUAAUGUAUGUAUGCUCAUGACCACUAAAACACCAGCUGUUGUUCCACUGCCAGACCGAUGGUACGUAGUUAUCUUAUGGAUUUUGGACUAAGCCAUUUUAAUUUAGAAUGCGAUAUGUAUGAUUUUUGUCUCUUUAUGCCUUUACUGCUACUCAGGAAAUCAGUGUUUCAAUGUUGCGUAUCUUAAAAUGCAUCUUAACAACAGAGAAAACAAUAAAGGUAUAAUAUGAGAAGUGUGGUCCUGAUUGCAUCCCAUGAAUAAGUUUCUGGGAUCUGGCUUUCCUAAUACUUUUUUAUCUGAGCGUUGUCAUUAAAACAAUCAUGUAACUACUGUUACUUGAGUUAGAUUAAGCCUCUGUUACAGAAAUGUUCUUACACAUUUUUUGUUGUUUGUGUUUUCAGUAGUUUCCCAGGAUGUGCUAAAAUUUACAAGUUAUCACUUGUUUAUUUUGGUUACUCUUGUGGGCUAAUGACUUUCUUUUUUGACUACAACUCAUUUGAUUUGAAUAAUAAUAAUAUAUACAUAUGUCCCAUUAAACAUGUAAUAUCUACAACAGAGCAGUCGUAUUUAUAGUUGGUUGUCACUCUUUUCCUUAACUUCUGAAUUCAAAUUCAGUUUGUUGUUUAAAAUUAUAUAUAAUAACAAUGAAAUGCAGGCGCAAUUGUGUAUAUGUAAUAAUAUGAUGAGGUUAUUGUGAUUGCAUAUGAUUUUCACCGCCAUAAUGGCCCUCUGAAGGAAACAAUACCAUGAUGUGGCCUGUGUUGAAAAUGAGUUUGGCACCCCUGCUUUCCAGGAUUUCUGUUACUUAUUUUGAUCCAUUUUGUACAUGAUUUCCCACAUUCUCAAGGACUGACCAACAUGCAACUGUCAUCCAUCCAUUUCAUAUACAAUACUGUACUGCUUGUUCAGGAUCACGGUGAACUUAUUCAGAAUUUUUUUUUUUUUUAUUUAAAUAAACUGAACUAUAAAUAUUCAGUCAAGAGUAGG